AUGAUCUCGAAUAACACCAUUGAUUGUAUCUGUUGGCAAAUUCUCUCUCGGGAAUGAUGUCAGUGAAAUCAAAUCAUCGAUACAAACAUUAAUUCGCCUCAAUUGUUCGAAUUUUGCGGUUCGUCGAAAAACUCAGAUCGUAUAAAAUGACGCGAGAAGUGCGCAAUAUUUCGGAUACGUUACAGCUUUAUUCGAGUGUUUCGAUUUUUGCUAUUUUUGCCUACUUGAUCACGCAUCUGUUGCUAAAUUCUGCUAGCAUAUCGGGUACUCCGACGAUCAAACCUUACGACAAAUUUGAUCUCGAAAAAGACAUCGAGAAGUUACACGAGGUCGCGAAAAAAGUACCCAAUCGAGCUCCAGAUGGCGAUACGAUGGUUCGAAUGGUCUGUCAUAGAACACGAGACCAACGAAUGCAAAUGAAGAAAGCAUUUAAAGACAAAUUCGAUCAGGAUAUUGCCUCAUAUUGUGGUGGAGCCGCAGACGGUGAAAUUUCACUCGAAGAUUUGUUGGUAGACUGUUUCACCAGCGUGCUUGAAAUUUACGUAUUCCAUUUUUAUUGGGAGCUCGAUUACAUGUUCAAGUCAAUCGAUAAGCAUUCCUUAGUUGAAAUCUUAUUAUCAGUACCUCCGCAGGAAAAAGAAAAAUUCGUCAGUAUUUAUAACGAAACUUAUAGGAUCACGCCCGAUCAACAUGUAAAAGACAAAGUCAAAGAUCCGGAAGUGCACGAUCUGAUUUUGAGGAUGCUUAGCAAAAACCGCAAACCAGAUAUCACUCCAGACAAGAUCGAUUGGGAGUUGGCUAAAAAAGAAGCUACAAUAUUGAACGAAGGAAGAAAGAAAUGGAAAGAAACCCCCGAAGAAUUGGAGAGAAUUUUGCUGGAAACUCCGAUUCAGCAAUUGAACGCUACAUUUGUAGAAUUUCAGAAAGUAAACGGCAAAGAGAUCGACGAAGUGAUGAAAAAAAAGUUGGGAAGAGACUUGAGAGAAUGUUACAAGGCUAUGGUACAUUUCGUCAAAGACAAAUACGACUAUUAUGCUGGACGACUGCACUAUGCCAUGAAAGGUUGUGGAACUCAAGAUCACGUUCUCAAUCGAAUAGUAUCGAUACAUUGUGAGGAUGAUUUGAAAGAGAUCGCAACAGCUUUUCAAUUGAAUACUGCAGAUUCGCUGAUCGAUGCUAUUGCGGCUGACACAACUCUUCAUCACGAAAUGUUGCUAACAUGUUUGGCAGGCAAACACACCGUAAAGGAGUGCUAAUUCACAUUCUCCAACGUCAAGAAUUCCGCAAGAUGCAUAAAAAUUUAAAUAAUAUACAAAAUGAUGAAAAAACUGCUCAUCAAUAAUACAUACAUAAAUUACAUCAACACA